GCUAAACAGGCAUCAAAGCAUUGUUCUCUUCUAAAAAAAUAUAUGGAGUAUCACAAGUCAAUUGUAACUAUUUUGAUUCCCAUACUCGCUUUACUUCUCUCAUCGAAUUACAUACCAUGCAAAGCUCAGCUUUCUACCACCUUUUACGAUGACACAUGCCCUAAUGCACUCACCACAAUUAGGUCUUCUAUUAAUGCCGCGGUGACUAGUGAAAGUCGCAUGGCAGCCUCUCUCAUUCGCCUUCAUUUUCACGAUUGUUUCGUUCAGGGUUGUGAUGCAUCCAUUUUACUAGAUGAUGCCCCAAGUGAAAAGACUGUAGGUAGGAAUGGAGGUGUGAGGGGCUAUAACGUUAUAGAUGAUGCAAAAGCUUCUGUCGAGAGCAUAUGUCCAGGCAUUGUUUCUUGUGCAGAUGUACUUGCUGUCGCUGCUCGUGAUGCUUCUGUAGCGGUAGAUGGUCCUACAUGGCAAGUAAGGCUUGGUAGAAGAGAUUCUACAUCAGCAAACCCAGGUGUAGCUCAAACUGAUCUUCCAAUAGCCAGUAUGAAUUUAGGUCAACUCAUUGCAAACUUUGAUCGAAAGACACUCAGCGUAAGAGAUAUGGUUGCUCUUUCAGGUUCUCACACAAUAGGGCAAGCAAGAUGUGUUGCGUUUAGGGCAAGAAUAUACGAUAACACCUCAAACAUAGAUCCUGAAUUUGCUAGCAGCCUUAGGACCAACUGUCCACAGAGUGGAGGCAACGGGAACUUGGAGUCACUUGAUUUGGUGACACCUAAUACAUUUGACGUCAAUUACUUUAGGAAUCUUUUGGAAAGAAGGGGUCUUCUUGCAUCAGAUCAGGCACUGUUUAAUGGAGAUUCAACUGAUAGCAUCGUACAAGAGUACGUCGACAAUCCUUCUGUAUUUUUAUCUGAUUUCACUGCAGCCAUGGUUAGGAUGGGAGACAUUGAUCCCCUUACUGGUGCUAAUGGGGAGAUAAGGACAGUUUGCACUACUGCCAAUUAAGAAACAAAAUUAAAGUGAUGUAGUAAUGAUCGAUGUAUAAUUAAUAUGGCUAUCCGUCUACUAAGAAUUUUCUUCAUUUUAUUUAUACUUUUAUGUAUUCAUAUUUUUCGACCCAUUUAAAGUUUA